CAAAAUGGAUUUCACCUGUGUCUUUUUACUUUUUUUAAUGUGGCUACUAGAAAAUUUGAAGUUACUUCUGUGGCUAACUUUAUAGUUCUAUUGGACAUCACCGACCGCUCUAGGCUAUGGAAAAUUCUGUAGAACAAACAACUGGAAGUUGGAAGAAAAGACAGUAAGAAAUAGCAAGGAAGGGUGUGCUGUUGGGAGUUGCUUGGAGGUUGGCGGCGCAGGGCUGAAGGCUAGCAAACCGAGCGAUCAUGUCACACAAACAAAUUCACUAUUCGGACAAAUAUGACGAUGAGGAGUUUGAGUAUCGACAUGUCAUGCUGCCCAAGGACAUAGCCAAACUGGUCCCUAAAACCCAUUUGAUGUCUGAAUCUGAAUGGAGGAAUCUUGGCAUUCAGCAGAGUCAGGGAUGGGUCCAUUAUAUGACCCAUGAAUCAGAACCUCAUAUCUUGCUGUUCCGGCGCCCACCACCCAAGAAGCCAAAGAAAUGAAGCUGGCGAGCUACUUUUCAGACUCAAGCUUUACACAGCUGUCCUUACUUCCUAACAUCUUUCUGAUAACAUUAUUAUGUUGCCUUCUUGUUUCUCACUUUGAUAUUUAAAAGAUGUUCAAUACACUGUUUGAAUGUGCUGGUAACUGCUUUGCUUCUUGAGUAGAGCCACCACCACCAUAGCCCAGCCAGAUGAGUGCUCUGUGGACCCACAGCGUCAGCUGAGUGUGACCCUAGAAGGCACAAUGUGCUCUGUAUCCAGAACACACUUGGCAGAUGGAGGAAGCAUCUGAGUUUGAGACCAUGGCUGUUACAGGGAUCAUGUAAACUUGCUGUUUUUGUUUUUUCCUGCCUGGUGUUGUAUGUAA